AUGAUUUUGAAAGAAUUUUAUGAAGCUAAUGUCGAUAUUGCUCCUCGUGGAGAUUCGAUAAUUGAGGUAAGUAAAUCAUGUAACGUUAGCGAAGAUGAAGGUGACAUUGAUGGUAAUUAUAGCAAUUGUUCAAAAGAUAGUUUGGGAUUUGAAAGUGACUGUGAAAUGGUAAAUGAGUACUGUGAAAAGGUUGAAAAUCAUGAAACGAGAGAAAUAUUUUCAGAUGGUAUUGAAACUAGGACGAAAGAAGAUCCAAAGAUUGGAAUGAUAUUUGACACAAUAGACGAAGCUUAUGAAUACUACAACAUAUACGCAAGAAAGGUUGGUUUUAGUGUGAGGAUACAAAGAACAAAUAGAAACCGAACCGAGAAAAUUCGUCGGCAACUUUUGGUUUGUAAUUGUGAAGGUUCAUACAGGAAGGUUAGAACACCUAAGAAGAAAAGAGCUGAACGAAGAUUUGGAUGUAAAGCUAUGUUUGAGAUUAAACUUUGUGAUGGUGACAAGUAUGAGAAAUUCUCAUAUAUGCGUGAAGAAUCUGGUUGCGCUAGAAACCUUAACUUCACUAGAAUUGAUUCUAACAAUUUUAUACAUAGGAUUAAAAGGCUUGAAUUCUUCAAGAAAGGUGAUGCACAAUGUCUCUUAGACUAUUUCAAGAAAAAGAAACAGGAAAACAAGCAUUUUUUCUACUGUUUUCGAACAAAUGAAGACGGAGAAACACGUGGUGUUUUCUUUUGUGAUGCACAGUCGAGAAGAGAUUAUGCAUUAUUUGGUGAUGCCGUAUGUUUCGACACGACGUUCCGGACGAAAAAUUACAACAUGCUUUGUGCACCAAUUGUGGGGAUAAAUAACCAUGGGCAAACAACACUUUUUGGAUGUGGACUAAUAGAUGGUGAAUCAACUGAUGCUGUGGUGUGGUUAUUUAAUACUUUCAUGGAGGCUAUGGAAGGAAAGAGACCUGUAAGUAUAUUUAGUGAUCAAGCACCAGGAAUUUUAAAAGCCGUUGAAGAAGUGUUUCCAGAUUCUCACCAUGGAUUAUGCUUGUGGCAUAUCAGUCAAAACGCAGCUAAGCAUUUGGGUAAAACAUUUUCUGAGUAUAAAUCAUUUGCAUCAGAUUUCAAAUCUUGCAUAUAUGAUCCGGAAACAAUUGAUGAAUUUGAAAAAAACUGGAAAAAAAUGCUUGAGGAUUAUAAGCUUACAAAUAAUGAGUGGUUGCAAGGGAUAUAUGAUUUGCGAGAAAAGUGGGCUCAAGUUUACAGUCAUUCUUAUUUUUGUGCUGGAAUAACCACAACACAGAGAAGUGAGAGCAUUAACAAGUUUCUGAAGUCUUACUUCUCGCGUGAAGCAGCUAAAUUUUAUACUCGAAAAAUGUUCAGUAUCUUUCAAGAAGAGCUCAAGUUAAUUGUUGGGUUGUUAUUGGAAAUGGAAAAAGAAGAUGGAGGCAUUCGUAUUUAUAAGGCAAAAGAUAUUGACGAUAUGAGAAGGAUACGUACACUCACAUACAAUAGCAUCGAGAAUUCGGUUUCAUGUUCUUGUAGGAAGUUCGAAUUUAGUGGAAUUCUUUGUGCCCAUGCACUAAAAGUCUUCCAUGACUUGCAGUACAAAAAUCUACCCCCGCAGUACUACUUAAAAAGAUGGUCUAAAAAAGCUACAAACGAAGUUGUGUUCGACGCUUCUGGCGAUUUAAUCCCAAAUGACAACGACCCAUCUGCUACACAGUGUUACAGUGAGUUGUCACAUAUUUCUCAAAGAAUUGUUAGCAAGUGUUGUUCACAAUCAAAAGAAUUAUUUGAUUUGACUAAGUUGUCACUGCUGAGAGUGGAACAACAGAUGGAGGCACACAUACGUUCACUAAAGGAACAAGAGUCUAAUGUUCCACAUAGUACAUCAAAUGCCCCGACCCCGGUACCAAAUGUGAUUGAGGAGGAAGUACUUCGAGACCCACAAAAAAAGAUUUCUAAAGGCCAAUCAAGGAAACGGAUAAAGGGUCCGUUUGACACUGGAGUACCAAAAAAUUCAGUUAAAAAAGGUCGCACAGUGGAUGAAGUUACCAUGAACCAAUUGGUGUAUAAUUCAGAAGGACUAGAAGCCUCACAAGGAGUUGUUGAUCAUCAAAGACUAUUACUGCAUAGUGGAUCUCUUUUGACACAGCAGGCAGCACGUUCCCAAAACUCUACGUCUAUUGGUACAAGUAUCUCUACGACAAAGAGGAAACCAAGAAUUUGCAAAACAUGUGACAAGGGAGGUCACGAUACUCGGAAUUGCCCAAGAAAAAAAGAAAUUGGGAAAUUGGGUAUCGGCAUUGUUGUUGGUGGCCAGGUACUUGAUGAUAAUGGGCAUUUAGACGUCAAUAAUGGUUAG